GAAAUUAAAGAGACCCAAAAGGGGGAAAAAGAUGCCGUCAUUGCAGGAUGAGCUCUUCCCAUCGACGCCGGGAAAAGUGAAGAUCGAUAGAGCCCACACAAUAAAUCGCCAAUUCCAUCGAUGUUUCGCUUCUACAAGCACUAUGUUCCUUUGGGCUCUCUUCUUUAUCGCUCUCACCGCUUCAUAUCUCAGCUUCCAAAGCUUUGUCGAUUCAGGUAGCCGAUAUUUCGCCGCUUCUUGGGGUGGAAUCCAAUGGGAGAAACAGGUAAGAACCUCCGCCCAGAUCCGCCGAUCUGGUGGUAUGGCUGUGUUGGUUACCGGCGCCGCCGGUUUCGUCGGCACCCAUGUCUCUCUCGCUCUCAAGAGACGCGGCGAUGGCGUUGUGGGUCUCGAUAAUUUCAACAACUACUACGAUCCAUCACUGAAAAAAGCUAGAAAAGCUCUCCUCAACAACCAUGGCAUCUUCAUCGUCGAAGGAGACAUCGAUGAUGCUCGCCUUCUCGCAAAGCUCUUCGAUGUCGUAGCCUUCACCCACGUUAUGCAUCUCGCAGCUCAAGCUGGUGUCAGGUACGCCAUGGAGAACCCUAGCUCUUACGUUCACAGCAACAUUGCUGGUCUGGUUACCCUCUUAGAAGCCUGCAAAUCUGCAAACCCUCAACCGGCGGUGGUUUGGGCUUCAUCGAGUUCGGUUUAUGGGCUCAACGAGAAGGUUCCUUUCUCCGAGUUAGACCGGACAGACCAACCGGCAAGUCUCUACGCAGCGACAAAGAAAGCCGGUGAAGAGAUCACUCACACAUACAACCACAUAUACGGUCUAUCCAUUACCGGUCUGAGAUUCUUCACGGUUUAUGGUCCAUGGGGUCGACCGGAUAUGGCUUACUUCUCCUUCACCCGAAACAUUCUUCAAGGGAAGCCGAUAACCGUGUAUCGAGGAAAGAACCGGGUUGAUCUGGCGAGAGAUUUCACGUAUAUCGAUGAUAUCGUGAAAGGAUGCUUAGGAUCGUUGGAUACAGCGGGAAAGAGCACUGGUAGUGGAGGUAAGAAACGUGGGGUUGCACCGUAUCGGAUCUUCAAUUUGGGGAAUACGUCACCGGUAACGGUUCCAACACUUGUUGGGAUACUUGAGAAGCAUUUGAAGAUGAAAGCGAAGAAGAAUAUAAUUGAUAUGCCAGGUAACGGUGACGUGCCGUUUACGCAUGCUAACAUAAGCCUGGCGCGUAGAGAGCUCGGGUAUAAGCCAACCACUGAUUUGCAGACUGGAUUGAAGAAGUUCGUCAGAUGGUAUCUCUCUUACUACGGUUACAAUCACGGCAAAUCUGUAAAUUGACCUUUUUCUCCCUUGUUGUUUAGGGAAUUCCAUUUUUUUUUUUUCUUUUCCUUUUAUUGUGAAGAUUUAAAAAAAAAAAAAAAUCAGUUGUAAGGAACAACUGAUUCUUUGC